UCCCAGCUUCUGACAAACAGAUGCUAAGGACACAAUUCCUGCCAUUCCUGGCUAAUAAUCAUUGAUGUACCUAUCCUCCAUGAAUUUAUCUAGCUCUUUAUUGAACCCUGUAUAGUCCUGACCUAACCCUCUGUCAAGGAAUUCCACAGAUUGUGCAUUGUGUGAAGAAAUACUUUAUUUUGUAUGUUUUAAGUUAGUGUCAGCCUCUCCAUUUUUUGUGACUGUUAUCUAGAAGUCCUAGUCAUGGAGUAGUGUACAAACACAUAGCAAAUAGAUUGUCCCUGGCCCAAAGAGCUUACAGUCUUCACCAGUCAAUCCCUAGUUGUAGAAGUCCAGUUUUGUCUCCAUUACAUGCUGCCCCCUGUAGAAAACAGAAAGAAAGGCUAAAAUUACAAUAACUUUAACAGCAGUGUGUUUCAUUAUAUAAAAUAUAGGUUAAAACAAGAUUUUGGAACAUUAAGUAAUGCUGAUUUCAUUGGUUCACAUAAGAAUCGUGUACACAAAUCUAAUGACAAGAGUGACUGAGAAUGAAGAUGCUGUUUACAAGUGGAAAAGAAAAAUUACAGUGCCUGGAACUUGAGAAUAGUUUGAAGAUAUGCAUCAUUACAUGCUAAGUGUUGAAGACAGUGUUACUCAUUUCUGUAGUGUUCACUAUUGUAUACACACAAUUUGUAAAUUAUUCAAGGAUUUUGUUGUUGCUUUUUUGAGCAAAUUUGAUCAGGGUAUGACAAGGCGUGUGAUUAUCUACUGAAAUAGUGUAUUUGUAAAAAUUAUUAUGUUGGGUGUUCCUUAAUGAUAGCUGUGAUAUCCUUUUAAUCCACUUGCAAGUUCCAUUUUAUUGUCACUAUAAGAGUUUCAGAGCAGUUUUAUUUCUUUCUAUUCUAAAGUCAGUUUCUCUUACAGAUGUCAGAAGAUCUUGCAAAACAGUUAGCUAGCUAUAAAGCUCAGCUACAGCAAGUUGAGGCUGCUCUGUCUGGGAAUGGAGAAAAUGAAGACUUACUAAAAUUAAAAAAGGAUUUACAGGAAGUAAUAGAAUUAACCAAAGAUCUUCUUUCAACACAACCUUCAGAAGCCCUUGCAAGUUCUGAUAGUUCUGCUUCUGCUCUACCCAGUCAUUCUUGGAAGGUUGGGGAUAAAUGUAUGGCAGUAUGGAGUGAAGAUGGACAGUGUUAUGAAGCUGAGAUUGAAGAGAUAGAUGAGGAGAAUGGGACUGCUGCAAUCACAUUUGCUGGAUACGGCAAUGCGGAAGUCACGCCUCUGCUCAACCUCAAACCUGUAGAAGAGGGAAGAAAGGCAAAAGAGGACAGUGGCAACAAACCCAUGUCCAAAAAAGAGAUGAUUGCCCAGCAACGAGAAUAUAAAAAGAAGAAAGCUUUGAAAAAAGCCCAGAGAAUCAAAGAACUUGAACAGGAGCGAGAGGACCAGAAAGUCAAGUGGCAACAGUUCAACAACAGAGCCUAUUCUAAAAACAAAAAAGGCCAGGUAAAGAGGAGUAUUUUUGCUUCUCCUGAGAGUGUAACUGGCAAAGUCGGAGUGGGAACAUGUGGAAUUGCAGACAAACCCAUGACACAAUAUCAAGAUACCUCUAAAUAUAACGUCAGGCAUUUGAUGCCUCAGUAAUGGAGGGGAGGGAGCUAAACGUCAUCUCUGCAGGGCUUUACACUUAUCUUUUUAUCAUUAUAUUUUUCUAAAAGUAAAUUAUUUGUUGGCAUGUAGUGAAUAGUUCAUUUUGUCACCAUUACUUGGCUUCCGCUGAUGUGAGCCUUAAAGAAAUCUACAGCUAUUCAUUUGACUCCCUUCAUCUUUACUAAACUUUUUAUAGUCAUCUUAAAGCAAAAUUCAGCAGACGAAUGUUUUCAUGAGCUGCUGUUGGCAGUUAUACUGAAACAGCAGUUACCUGAAAUGCUAGUCUCCAGAAUCUUCCUUUGAUAUUUUUAGCAAGAUAGGGUCAGAAAAAUGACCCUGUAAAAAUGGCACCUUUAAAAGCUUUUCAUUCCCUCUGUAUUCACAGUACUAUCUCUUUGCUUUAGUGACAAACUACACUAGCACUACAGAGCCAGUACAGCUCUGGGAAAGUUAGCUGGAUUCCAUCAUAGUUUGUAUAUAAAAUGGAAUUAAUAAAAUUCUUAAGUUACUCCCUUGCAGUUUCACUGAAUGAAGACAGUAGGCUUGUACAGCUGUAACUGAUGGCAGAAUUAGGUGCACAGAAUAGAUAUGAAUAGUAUGAUUCCUGUGCUAGAAACAAUUCAACUUUGCUUUGAAAUUCCAUACUGAAUUUACAGGGCUGGAAAUUAAGGGGAAGACUCUCUUUACAUGUAUACUGAGCAAAUUUAAACUGGACAUCACUGAGACAGAACCAGGAAACCAUAAGAUGACACUUUUAGAGUCAAAGUUCAGAGUAAAACUGCACUUUAAAAGUGAAGAUUUAAGUAUUAGGUAAAUUUAUAUCCUAUGAUCUCAAAAGCUGAGUUCCAUGGUCUGGUUAUGGGACAUGACAACUGUACAGUAAAUCUCCAACUUGAGUAACCUGUGUGGGUUUUUUCCAUCCAUUUAUACAGAACCGAAGCACAUUAAAUAAGAAUGCCUGGAUCCUAUUUAGUUGGUUGUAAAUGAGCAAAGGCUAGUCUGAAGUUUCUGCCUUGCUAUAAUCCUGGCUGUAGCCCUAGUGUUCAAUGCAGUUUCAGCCCUAUGCUGUCAGUGAGCCCUUUCAGGUUUUUUGUUUGUUUGUUUUUUUUCCAGGUAACCACAUGUAAAAGCUCAUGCCUUUUGUACGUGAUUGCUUUCCUAUGUUACUUGUCCCACUUACAGUACUGGUACCACCUCUGAAUCCAUAAAGUGUUUAAAACAAAUUAAUGUAUAGCCCUGUACACAUGUAGAUAUUUUUGUAAAAUCUAGGGCUGAAUUAAUGAACAAGAGUACUUUGUUUAUUUCCUCCAUUAAAUAAUUCAAGUGUAUUUCUUGUUCAUUAAUCCUGACCAUGUUCCCCUUGUAUAUUAUGUUAAUGUAGCUCAUUUUGUAAUUUGUUAAUUAGAUCAGGUCAUGUCAGCAAUUGAUAAUGCACUGAUUGGUGGAAAUGUCCAUCAGUUACAACUCUAGCUAAACUCUGCAACUGAUAGUGUAGAAUCCAUGCAUAGAAAAAGGUUCUUCCUAUUAAUGGGAGAAAAUGAUUUUUAUGAAUACAAAGUGUGUUGAUUUCAGUUUUGUAUGUUUAACUUUUAUUAAAUAAAGUGUUAAAAUCUC